AUGCGUGCCGCGUCCCCGCUUGUCCUUCGGAGCUGGGGUUCACGACUUGGACUACGCAAAUAUCAGCCCAGCUCAUUGUGCCAAUUACGAAUAAUCAACCGGCCUGCAAAUAGAACAGUAGCCAACUAUACACACCCCCAUCAUGCCUCAGCCCUCUCCGUCCUCCCCACAGCUGUGGAUACCUCCUCACAGGAGUACCGCGAAAAUAGCCAACAGAUGCAAGAGCUCCUAGACCGAAUGAACAGCCUACAUACAACAAUCGCCCGCGGGGGUCCCGAAAAGGCACGCGAGAAGCACAUCGCGCGAGGCAAAAUGCUUGCUCGAGACCGUAUCUCCGCCCUAGUUGACCCAGGCACCUCCUUCAUGGAGUUAUCAGCGCUAGCAGGACACGGAGUGUACGAGGGCGACGAUGUCCCAGCUGGUGGCAUCAUCACUGGAAUUGGAAUGGUCGAGGGUGUUAACUGCAUGAUCAUUGCCAACGACAGCACCGUCAAGGGCGGUACCUACUACCCAAUCACAGUGAAGAAGCACCUGCGCGCACAGGCAAUUGCGCAAGAGAACCGCCUGCCCUGCAUCUACCUCGUAGACUCCGGUGGUGCAAACCUGCCUCAUCAGGCAGAUGUAUUCCCAGACCGUGAUCACUUCGGCCGCAUUUUCUUCAACCAGGCCCGCAUGAGCUCUCUCGGCAUCCCACAGCUGUCCGUUGUUAUGGGGCCGUGCACAGCGGGUGGCGCAUAUGUGCCUGCUAUGAGCGAUGAGACCAUCAUCGUCGAGAAUCAAGGUACCAUUUUCCUGGCCGGCCCACCUCUCGUCAAGGCCGCGACAGGUGAGGAGGUUUCCGCUGAAGAUCUAGGCGGUGGCCAACUGCAUUCGUCUAUAUCUGGUGUUACGGAUUACUUGGCCGUCGAUGAUGCUCACGCUCUUGUCCUUGUCCGUCGAUCCGUCGCGAAUCUCAAUUAUCCUCCCACCACUGCUCCGCUACAGCUUGAGAAUGGUAAUGGGGAUUCACUUGUUGUCAAAGAACCGCUGUACGACCCUAAUGAGCUAAACGGAAUUGUUGGCACGAACCUGCGCCGCCAGAUCCCCGUGCACGAAGUCAUCGCGCGAAUCGUUGACGGCAGUGAAUUUGCCGAGUUCAAGCGUGACUAUGGUUCAACAUUGGUGACGGGCUUUGCACGCAUCCACGGCCAUCGCGUCGGUAUUGUCGCUAAUAAUGGAAUCCUGUUCUCCGAGUCCUCGCUCAAGGGAGCACACUUCAUUGAGCUGUGUGCUCAACGGCGGAUCCCUCUCGUCUUUUUACAAAACAUCUCAGGCUUCAUGGUUGGCGCUGAUGCCGAGAAAGGCGGUAUCGCAAAGAAUGGUGCUAAGCUUGUCACCGCUGUUGCAUGCGCCGAUGUCCCCAAGUUCACUGUUGUAUUUGGAUCCAGUGCUGGUGCGGGUAAUUAUGGCAUGUGUGGCCGUGCUUACUCUCCUCGCCUUCUCUUCAUGUGGCCCAAUGCUAAGAUCGGCGUUAUGGGGUCUGAGCAACUCUCUGCCGUCAUGGAGGCUGUUGGACGGACUGCUGAUCCAGCUUUGAAGGAUCGCAUUGACCGAGAAUCCGAAGCGACAUUCUCGUCAGCUCGGCUGUGGGACGAUGGUAUUAUUCCCCCGUCUCAGACAAGGCACAUGCUCGGGUUGGGUCUGUCGGCUGCACUCAGUGGGAAGGCUGAGCCAGAUGUGCAGACCAGGUUUGGAGUGUUCCGAAUGUAG